CGCAAAGAAAACAAAAUCCUCUAGCAAGCUAGGUGUAGGUGCGACAGAAGAAAAUUAGCUGGUAUUCUUUAACAAAUCCAUUCGGUGCGAAUAGUUCGGCCAGUGGCAGUCGUACAUGCCAAAUUCUACGUCGCAUUCUGCUUUCGAUUUCAAAGGGCAAAAUUAAGCGCAAGCCGACAGGCUCCGUGAGUUUCCUCACACGGACAAAAUCCAAACUUCGGAAGCUGUACUCAGGAAUGAGUGACGGAAAAGUUAAAAAAGACGCAACAAACAAGGAAAUCAUCAACAUGAGCGACGCUGCAGGAUGUCUGGACCGGUUCAUCGGAGAUGUGAGCAAAAACUCGGCUACGAAACAGAUUCUAAUCGGUGCCGGAAGUGGAUGGGCAACCGGAUUCAUUACGAUGAAGGUCGGCAAAAUGGCAGCAAUUGCUGUGGGUGGUGGAAUAAUUCUGCUGCAGAUUGCCAACCAGCAAGGAAUCAUUUCAAUCGACUGGAAUAAGGUACAGAAGAAGGUGGACAAAGUUACGGAUAAGGUGGAGGAAGCAGUCACUGGCCAGGGACCAAGCUUUACGGAUAAGGCGGAACGCUUUCUCGAUCGUAAGCUAAACCAGGCCGAGGACGCACUAACGAAGCGCACGAAGAAGGCCAAAAAGUGGUAUACGAACUUGAUUGGCGAUGAAACCGGCUGCAAGGUGAACGAUCUUCACAUUUUCCUGUGUGCCUUUGCGGCCGGUGUUGCAUUGGGCGUAGGAACUGCCUAAAGAAAUAGAUUGGAAUAUGAUAUCCCAACCACAAAUAGGAUUUAUCGAUGCUCCGGAAAUCAAUUAAGCGACCAACCGGAGGAACAUUCUAAUCAUUCGAAUGAAAAAGGUACACCUCGUGUUUGUUUUCAAAUAGAAGAGUGGAACGCGGAAAAUCAGCUCGCUAGGUGAAAUUACAAAACACGGUAAAAACAUCGUUCAUCCGGUUAGCAAACGUUAGCGGGAAAGAAAUUCCUCCCAAUCAUAAUGGAAGCCUCCUCGAAUCUCAUACUGUACUAAACGAUUCAUAAACCGUACUAUCCGCGUCGGAAGAGAACACAUUGAAAGCGUGGUUUACUUGUGAUCAGUAAGGAUUAUUUAUGUGUUGAUUUCUGUGGAAAACCUUGAUCACUUAUUUUCCAAUUCCUUUUCCAUCUAUUUGCCCGAUGCAACUGUCGUAGAGUUUAAGAAGUGUUAGCUUUGAAAUGUGUGUAACAACUGUGUACUUAAUAUAAAGCGUAUUUAAAAAACCAAACAAAAACACACUAGACGGUAACGUAAAUUAGGCACCCUGUGUAGAUUGAUGCUGAGGAGCACAAAACAUUUGUAGGAGUGUGCAGUGUGUAUCGAUCGUUUCGGUUGCAUCCAACACAAGAACAAAUAUCUGCAGUGGCGACAUGUGACUGAAGAACAACGCGUACCAAUGAAACAAUCAACAAUAUGCCCAAAAAAUACAGUCCUGGAAGAACGGUGAUCAGACUCAUUUACUAAUUUAAGUUUUUAUUUCCGCUGUGAACAAUAAUUUUGCUUUUAUUUCCAUACGUUCCGUUUCACUUCUGAUGCGAAUAAAAUAAAUCAUUAAAUUGAAUGGCAAA